AUGGGAGGAUACUCGGCGCUCGGUGGCAUCGAAAGGGGUGUAGUUAGGACGAUUGGUGCCCGGCCGGGAUUCCCAACCUCUUCGUCUCGACAUUUUCCCCCCAUAGUGAAUAUUCGAAGUGGCAAGAUGGAAGGUGUAUUAGGUAAACCUCAGUGUGAGACGCGGGACACCCCACGACAUCCCCGUGCUGCCAUCGGUCUUAUCUUGCGACGGUUUGGCAUGGCAUCUGCCGAGUAUAAACCAUUGUCUCCGUGUUUGCCUAGCAACAAUGGGUUCAAUGGUUCAUUGAAGUCGACCAGGAUCGGGGGUGCCCAUUCCCGGUUGAUUGCCGCUGAUCUUUGUCGCCGCGCGUUUGUUCGCAUGUCCACGGCGUUCGGGGGUUGGACGGGGCCUUUUAGCUCCUUUGUGUUCCCGCCGCAGCGAAUCCGAGCUGGCCAUCGGGAGUACAUCCGGGCUACCUGCAGCAGCCGUGGCACUGCCGUCCAGCUGGAGGUACACCGCAAGUUGCGGCGCUUGCAGACGCUCCGACUAUCCUCUGGCGCGAGCGAUCUGACAGCUUUGACGGAUUUGCGCCCGCAGUGGAGAAUCCCCGAUCGAUGA